AUGGAGGUGGAACAGAUCCCCCAAGGUCACCCUGAUGCCAAGAAUUUCUUGCCGCGGCAAUUUGAGUCAAAUCAACUAUUUGAAUUAGCCAUCUGUGACGGCCAAGUUCUCAGAAAACAUGAACGCGCCGCCUAUCGAGAAGUCCGAGAAGCUAGACGGUUAACAGUGACGCAAUUAUCUCUUGGUCUUCAGUUUCUCCGACCCGGCGGGACCAUGAUUCUCCUUCUUCACAAGCUUGAAGCGUGGGAUACUGUGACACUCGUCUUCACAUUUAGUGAAUUUUCCUCAGUGCAACUUUUCAAGCCAAAGUCGGGUCAUGCCAAGCGAUCAUCAUUUUAUAUGGUUGCGACCGGCAUCCAAAGUCAGUCCGACAAAGCCCUUCGAGCAAUUAAUAGGUGGAAAAGAAUUUGGCGUGUGGCUACUUUUGGCUCCGAUGACGAGUAUCGGGAGGAACUCCGGAAAGAAGAUCUUCAAGUGGAGACAGUGAUUGAGCGUUUUGGCCAAGAACUUGUUGCUUUAGGUAACGAAAUUUGGAAAGUUCAGGCCAACGCACUCAAAAAGGCACCAUUUAUCAAGUCUAUUGUCUGA